AUGCAUAUUGAAAUACCAUCAAACCUUCCUACUAAUUCUACCUUGCCUGAAAGGAAAUAUGACGUCUUCUUGAGUUUUAGAGGAAAAGACACGCGCAAAAACUUCACUGGUCAUUUAUAUUCUGCAUUGGAUCAGAAAGGAAUAUUUACCUUUAAAGAUAACCAUAGACUUGAAAAGGGAAAGGUAAUAUUAUUGGAACUCUUUAAAGCAAUUGAAGAAUCAAGGUUUGCACUCGUUGUUUUUUCAGAAAACUAUGCAUUUUCAACGUGGUGCCUGGAUGAACUCGUGAAGAUUUGGGAAUGCAUGAAAGUGAUGGGUCAGAUAGUUCUGCCAGUUUUCUACAAUGUCAGUCCAUCCGAUGUCAGAAAUCAAACAGGAAGUUUUGAGAAAGCUUUUGCAGAACAUGAACAAAAUUUUAGGGAAGAUGUGGAAAAGGUGCAAAGGUGGAGGGUUGCCAUGACAAAGAUUGCCAAUCUCUCCGGAUGGCAUUUGCAGAACAGGGAAGAAUCAAAAAUUAUUAAGGGCAUUGUUGACGAAAUAUCAUGUAAAUUGGGUCCUACAUUUUUAAAUACAAAUGGCAAUCUGGUCGGAAUGGAGUCACGAAUGAAGCAAAUGGAUCCAUUACUCGGUAUGGGUUUGAAUGAUGUUCGCAUGUUAGGGAUUUGCGGAAUGGGGGGAAUAGGUAAGACAACUUUUGCAAGAUCUGUUUUUGACAAGAUCUCUUAUCAAUUUGAUGGUAGUAGCUUUCUUGCCAAUGUGAGAGAAGUUUCCAUGACACAAGAUCUGGUCGCCCUACAGCAACAACUUAUUUCACAAAUCUUGAUAGAAAGAAACAUAAACAUAUGGGAUGUUUACGGAGGAAGUAUUGAGAUAAGGAGAAGGUUACGGCAUAAAAGGGUUCUUGUUAUUCUUGAUGAUGUAGAUCAAUUAGAACAAUUACAAGCAUUAGCUGGAAUGCAUGAUUGGUUUGGUUUGGGAAGUAGAGUCAUCAUUACAACUAGAGAUAAACAUUUGCUAGUUAGCCAUGGCGUGGAUAAUGUGCAUAUGGUUGAUGAAUUAAGUCAUGAGGAAGCCCUUCAGCUCUUUUGCUGGAAAGCCUUUAGAAAAGGUCAUCCUACCGAUGGUUAUUUAGAGCUCUCAUUGCAAAUGGUCAGUUAUGAUGCUGGCCUUCCAUUAGCUCUUGAAGUUUUGGGAUCGUUUUUGUUUGGCAGAAGCAAAGCUGAGUGGAAAGACGCAUUGGAUAGAUUGAAAAAAGUUCCUGACAGAACAAUUUUUGAUAUACUGAAAAUAAGUUACGAUGGGCUGCAGGAACUAGAGAAGAAAAUAUUUCUGGAUGUUGCUUGUUUCUUUAAAGGGAGGGACAAAGAUGAAAUAAGAGAAAUACUAGACAGUUGUGAUUUUCACCCAGAUAUUGGAAUUAGCGUUUUGAUUGAUAAAUGUAUUAUAACUCUUUCAAACAACUCAUUGUGUAUGCAUGAUUUGAUACAGUAUAUGGGUAGGGAAAUUGUUCGCCAAGAGUGCCCAGAAAAGCCUGGGCAGCGUAGUAGGUUGUGGCUUUCUGAUGAUAUUCAGCGUUUAUUGACAAAAAAUGAGGGCACAGAGGCUGUUGAAGGCAUAAUCCUUGAUUUUCCCGCAUACAAAGAGUUAAAAUUGAAUGCUAAAUCCUUUUCAAGGAUGAACAGUCUAAGAUUGCUGAAAAUCAAAGAUGCAAGCCUUUGCCAAAGCCUUCAAUAUCUUUCAGAUGAGCUACGUCUUCUGAAUUGGCAUGGUUACCCCUUAAGAUCUUUGCCAUCCAAUUUUCAACACAACAAACUUUUCGAACUUAACAUGUGUUACAGCCACAUUAAACAACUUUGGAAAGGAGUAGAGCAUUUGAACCAAUUGACUAUUAUUAACCUCAGUCACUCAACAUACUUAACUGAGACCCCAGACUUCACUGGUGCCUCAAAUCUUAAGAGACUGAUUUUUGAUGGUUGUACAAGUUUAUCUUUUGUUCACCCAUCCAUUGGACUCCUCAAAAAGCUUAUAUUACUGAAUCUAAAAGACUGCAAACAGCUUAGGAGUCUCAGAGCUAAAAUUGAAUGGGAAUCUCUUGAAGUUCUUAUCCUUUCUGGCUGCUCAAAACUAGGCAAACUGCCAGAGGACUUGGGGCGUGCGGUAAGUUUGAAAAAUCUUGAUUUAGGUGGAACUGCUAUAAGCCAACCACCAUUUUCUAUUGUGCUAUUGAAAAACCUCGAGCAGUUAUCUUUUCAUGGAUGCAAAGGAGAACCUCGAAAGUUCUGGAGUUCUCUUUCCAGCUUGUUCCGAUUAUUCUCUAGAGCAAAUCCAGAGUCCAUGGGCUUGAGGAAGGUGCAAUUCCCUCUGAUAUUGGCUUCUUACCAUCAUUAA